CAACUCGCUAGGUAAAUUUACGAGUACGCGAGGACUUCAGGUACCUCUGAAUGUAUUUCAGCGCGCACAAGUGUCGUCCCUUCCUGAAUAGAGUACUUUCAACGCACCGAAAAAUUGGAGUUUGUGCCCUAAAAUAGCGAACUUCGAAGUCACAUUACACAAGCCGACUCCCAUAUCAGGUUGGUGCGCGAACGAGACUGCAGAGGCACCUGUGGCCAAAAUUGAAUAGGACUUGUUUAUAUGCCUAGCGCGGUGUUUGCUGCUUGAGAGUUGUCACGAUGCACGAAAUCAUCACUUUGCAACUGGGGCAGAAGAGCAAUUACCUUGCCACCCAUUUCUGGAACACACAGGUAUGAGUCUGGGUACUUGACAUUAGUACUUUUCAAGGUGAUAUCAGCUAAAACAAGCCCAGGAAUCGUAUUUCACAUACUCUGCAGACGAAGAAUCCCAGGUGGACCAUGACGUUCAUUUCCGGCCGGGCAUCGGUGCUGAUGACACGGAAACCUUUACACCAAGAACGCUCAUUUAUGAUCUGAAAGGCGGUUUCGGUUCGAUGAGAAAGAUCAAUGCAUUAUACGAAAUUGACGAACCUGCUGUUACAGAGGGGUUAUGGUUAGAACCCUUGGAUACAGUUGCUCAUUCCAAUGUUAAAUCACAUUCUAGGAACGGACCGGCUGUUAUCCAACGACAGGCUGUAAUUCAGCAAAAUGAAUACCAGAAAAGUUUGGAAGAGGGGGUCGCACCGCCCCAGCUAACCCCCCAGUCAGUAAGAUACUGGUCGGAUUUCAACCGAGUAUAUUUCCAUCCAAGAUCUGUUGUUCAGCUCAAUGAGUACGAAUUAAAUUCUUCACUUACUCCAUUCGAUAAUUGGGGCGCUGGGGAGGAACUUUUUAACUCACUGGACAAAGAGCACGACUUGCUAGACCGAGAUUUGCGGUACUUUGCAGAGGAGGCCGAUCAAAUGCAAGGCAUCCAGCUAAUGUCCGGAAUCGACGACGCUUGGGGUGGCUUUGCCGCACGAUAUUUGGAUCGCAUAAGGGAUGAAUAUGGGAAAACUCCUGUCAUGUUUUGGGGAUUAGAAGACAACAUCAAAAACAUCCCUCGAGUAAGACUUCCGUACGGCUGUAAAUAAUCACCAUACUGACUAAUACAGGAAAAACGUUUCAUAAAGUUAUCCAACGCCGCUCGAUCAAUAUCGGAAAUUUCACCACAAUCCUCUGUCUUUGUUCCACUUACUGUUCCAUCUGGAAAUUUACCACCAUACAUGAAGCUCAACCUGCAGUCGGAGUGGCAUAUUUCCGCGCUCCUUGCUACUGCCGUAGAAAGUGUUUCUUUACCCUCGCGGUUGAAGCUUCAAAUCAGUAAUCGCGAAACUUUGAGCCUUCUCGAGAACUCAUUGAAUACCAACGGAAAUCAAACAAUAGCGAAGUUGCAAAUGAGCGUCGACCAGAAAGAAGCUGCUAAUGGUGUCCACAACGGAGACGCGCCCCUUCUGUCUGAAAGCACUGACUCUAGAAUAUUCUCGCAGGCGGAUGCGAACAUAUAUUCCGAGACCAAGAAUCUCGACAUGGAUUUCUUUCCCGCUGGUGGUGAAGAGCAAUUGAGAGGUCCACGAAGAUCCAAGAAAGUUCAUGUCUUUGGGCAGACAGAAUUAUCAAGGACAAGCGAAGACGCUGACCCGUCAAAUCCUACUGGGGCGUAUGAUGGAUAUGAGCGCGCAAGGAGGCGAGCUGCUGGACUUCCAAUCAUCCAAAAGUCAGUAAUCAAAAUUCCCACAACAAAUUAGUCCUAUCAACCUCACUAAUAAUGCUACAACAGGAGAACGGUGGCUAUGCCAUAUCCGAUACUUGACAGCUUUCCUGAUAUUUUCUCUGGCAUUCAACAAUUAUCCACGCCUCUGGCUAUAAGCACGUCGCUAUCUACAGAUACCACAGUUGCCUUGCUUAUCAAAAACCUUCAACAGAUUGUCAACAGAGCUAUUGGAGUCGACGAACGUGAGGCACUUAGCAAUUCUCUUGGUGGGAUUGCCGAGGCAUAUGAGGAGGGCUGGGAUAGUGGUACGGAUGACGACGAUGAUUGAGUAAUAUUACCGGACUAAACUCAUAAUACGAGAUGUUGGGUACCAGGCC